CUUCCCCGACGAUUACGAUCCUUAUGAGGGAGCUCCAGCGACUCCGAUCGAGGCACAACCUCUUAUCCAUGUACAUGACACCGAGUCGCAGGGUGAGAUUCUGUCCAUAGAGGCACAACCUGCAGUGGUUAAGAGUCGGAAGAGGAAGAGAAAGCCUCCUGUAUGGUUCGGUGACUAUACGGAGAUGAAGAGGAGACAUAGGCCAUCUUCGACUUUUGAUCCCCUGGAGCCACCGGACGAGAAAUUGUUAACCACUUUCCGAAAGUGGUGUGUUGGACUCAUUCCGAACCACCGACUUCGGGAUUUGAGAAGUGGUGAUUACGGUCCAGGAUUCUUUUGGAUAAUGCUCACACCAAAGGAAUGGCUUACAGAUGACCAUAUAGAUGCAGCAAUGCAUAUGUUGAGGAGGCGACGCACCGACUAUCCACUGACAUUUCCUCAGAAGGGUAUCAUUCUCUCCACAUUCGUGACCGCCAUGAUCAGCAGUGCAUGGACGAGCCACAAGGGUCCGAGGAAAAACUUUAAAUGGGAGGAAUAUAUCCUGGACUACUGCACAGGGUUUCAUAAGUCCCAAGUCUUUGAGAGAUGGAGGGGUAACGAGUUUAUUUACUUCGUUCUGCACCUUCCCACGGCAAGACACUGGGUCACAGUUGAAGUGGACAUAGAGCUGUGGAAAAUUAAUGUCUACGACUGUGAUUCCAGCGUCUGUCAUUGGACCGCCAUGGAACCCAUCUUGAAGGUUUGGUCAGAACUGCUGCCCUCGCUAAUCCUUGCAACCGGGGAAUUUCCACAUAACAACCAGAUCAUGGCGUUAGCUAACGGUGACAUCGCGGUGCUUCCAAAAAUGCACGCGAGUCGAGCCACUCACGACUUAGUUCCGAAGUCAGCAACCAGUGGUGAUUGUGGCGUGUAUUCCAUUGAGUAUGUGGAGCAUCUCAUGAUGCAGCGUGGAUUGACCGAUGUGACGCCGUACCAGGAUAGCCAUGUUUCGUCAACGGUGUUACGCAUUUAA